ACCGAGCAAAGCUCUCGCUCACUCACAGUCUCAGCUCAGUGGACGGGGAGUUAAUGUCUUACAAACGGGGUCUAAAGCUGUUCACCGUCACAGCAAACAAGACAUGUGACUUCUGGUCGUUUUCAGAGGAGAAAAUCUGAGGAAAUAAAAGAGUUUAAAAGAGAACUGCCCACUUCUUCCUGCGGUCAGGAGAGCAGAAGCUCUAGGUCCAAGAUGUCAGUGAGCAGCCACGAAAACCGUAAGUCCAGGUCAAGCUCUGGAUCCAUGAACAUCCACCUGUUCCACAAAACGUCCCACGCAGACAGCCUGCUAACGCAACUCAACCUUCUCCGCAAGCGCCGUGUGUUUACGGAUGUUGUUUUGCGGGCUGGAAACAGGGCCUUUCCGUGCCACAGGGCCGUCCUGGCCUCCUGCAGCCGCUACUUUGAGGCCAUGUUUAAUGGAGGCCUCAAAGAGAGCCGGGACGCUGAGGUUAACUUCCAUGACUCUUUGCACCCAGAGGUUCUGGAGCUCCUUCUGGACUAUGCUUACUCGGCCCGAAUCAUCAUAAACGAGGAAAAUGCUGAGUCCCUGCUAGAGGCGGGCGACAUGCUGCAGUUCCAUGAUAUCCGGGAUGCCUCUGCGGAGUUCCUUGAGAAGAACCUGCACCCUUCAAACUGCCUCGGAAUGAUGCUGCUUUCGGAUGCUCAUCAAUGCCAGAGGCUGUACGAGCUGUCCUGGCGCAUGUGCCUUGCUAAUUUUGCCACCCUCUACAGGACGGAGGACUUCCUAAACUUGCCGAAAGACAAGGUCCAAGAUUUGAUCUUCAGUGAGGAACUGGAGGUGGAGGACGAGAGUGUAGUGUACGAAGCUGUCAUAGACUGGGUCAAAGCGGACAUGGAAAGAAGACUCGGUGACUUGCCUGAGCUUCUCCGCUGUGUGCGAUUAGCCUUGCUCCCAGAGACUUACCUGCUCAAGAACGUGGUUUCUGAAGAAAUGGUGAUGGGAGACAAGGUUGGUCGAGAGAUUGUGGAAGAUGCCGUGAGAUGCAAGAUGAAAAUCCUUCAGAACGAUGGCGUAGUCACAGGUUUCUGCGCCAGGCCGAGGAAGAUCAGUCAGGCUCUCUUGCUUCUGGGAGGCCAGACCUUCAUGUGUGAUAAAAUCUACAUGAUUGACCACAAGACGAAGGAGAUUACCCUCAAAACGGACCUUCCGAGUCCUCGUAAAGAGUGCAGUGCCUGCGCUAUUGGCUGCAAGGUUUAUGUUACAGGAGGUAGAGGGUCAGAAAACGGAGCUUCCAAAGAUGUCUGGGUCUACGAUACCUUGCAUGACGAGUGGUCCAAAGCUGCGCCAAUGCUUGUAGCCAGAUUUGGCCAUGGCUCAGCCGAAUUGGACCAUGUCUUGUAUGUGGUAGGUGGCCACACAUCUCUCGCAGGGUCUUUUCCAGCCUCUCCAUCCGUGUCACUCAAACAGGUUGAACAGUACAACCCACAGUCCAACAAAUGGACGUUAGUAGCCCCUCUUCGAGAAGGCGUCAGCAACGCUGCUGUCGUGGGAGCCAAGAACAAACUCUUCGCUUUUGGAGGCACUAGCGUGAAUAGAGAUAAGUAUCCCAAAGUGCAGUGCUUUGACCCCUGUGAAAACAGAUGGACGGUACCAGCCUCCUGCCCUCAGCUCUGGCGCUAUACAGCUGCAGCUGUGGUUGGAAAUCAGGUUGUGGUCAUUGGAGGAGAUACCGAAUUCUCGGCUAGCUCUGCUUAUCGAUUCAACAGUGAGACCUACCAGUGGACUAAAUUUGGCGAUGUGACGGCCAAGAGGAUCAGCUGCCAUGCUGUGGCCUCUGGAAACCGGCUUUAUGUUGUAGGGGGUUACUUUGGGGCACAAAGGUGCAAAACCCUGGACUGUUACGACCCAUCUACAGACACUUGGGACAGCAUCACUAGCGUCCCGUACUCCCUCAUCCCCACUGCGUUCGUCAGCACAUGGAAAUAUCUAUCAUCCUGAAUGUGAAGAGAUGCUCUGUUUGAUGGCCAGUGUGUGAGGAAUGUGGAGUGUGUGGAAUGUGGGGGGAGGGGGCGGUGGUCCUCCUCCGGCCAGCUCACACGGGCUGGAUCAACAUGG